CACAAAAACAGAGAAGAAAGAAGCAUAUAUAUAAUCAUCAUCUAAGUAGAAAAGGGUAUGCUGGACUUGAAGAAGAGAUGAUGAUUGAAGCUGGCUCCAUAGAAAGCAUUGAUAGGAGUUUACUUUGGAAGAGGGCAAUGCAAAAAAAAGAUGGCAGCUAUGAUGAUGUGGUCCUACCGGUAGUGGAAAAAAUAGAUGAAUUGAUGAAAGAGUCUCAAGAGAGUGGCAUAAGCUAUAGUGGGAGCAAUGACAUACUUUCUCAAGCACUAGGUACUCCUGAGUAUACUGGUCGGGUUCGAGCUAAAGGGAAGCACUACACGCCUGGACGCUAUUUCAAUAGUAUGUCAGAACGUGUUGUGAGGGAUAUUUUAAAAGCAACUCAAGAACGUCAAGCUAAGUUUGAGGCUGAUGUGCUAGCGAGACUAUCUCAGAUAGGAGUUGCUACACCACAAUCCGAUGUGAGUAGUUCCAACAUGAAAUCAAAACUGUUGCUUCUACCAGAAGUAGUGGAGAAACCAAUUCGUAAAGUUGAGGAGGAGACCUUACCUGUGAAAAUAGAACCACACAUGAAGGCAAGAAAAUGUGAGUUGGCAGUAGGGACCAGAGAAAAUACAGUGGCUGGUGGAACAAUUGUAAUGGAUUGUGGUCCCAACUACCUAGUUGUUUUGGAUGCUCCCUAUGAGUCAAAUACACCGCUUCCUAUUCCCAUUCCUGGACAAGCUACAACAGUUGGAGCGGCAGUGGGCUACCAAGUUUUAUGGCCAACCCAUUUAGUCAAUUUGAGUACUAAAUUCAUUAAGGGAUCUCAAAAAGGGAAAAGACAAAAAACAACAGAAAAUGACUUGAAAAUUGGUGAAAACCCUCAAGAUAUCAACAAUUUUGAUGCAUUAGUAGGUCUCAUGCUAAAUGAGGGGAAAGCACAAGGUGUGGAGGUCCCAAAUGAUGUAUUUGGCGAGAGUUUUAAGACCUUCCUUAUGAAAGAAGACAUGGAUAUGAUAAUUUCAUUUAAGGAAGUGUCGGCUAAUUGUGUCAUAUAUUAUAUAUGGCACCUACAGAAAAAGCUAAGUGAUGCAAGGCUCACCGAACGAUUUGCUUUUAUCAAUCCAGCUUUAGUCUCUAAAGCUGGAAUGGGUGAGACAACAAAGGAAAAUAGGUCAAGGUUGAUUGCAAAUCGUUUAAUGCAUGCAAAGUGUGCUGACUACAUUUUUAUUCCAUAUAACCCUAAUUUCCACUGGGUCUUGGUGGCAUUGGAUAUGAGGACAAUGACUGCGUACUACCUUGAUCCGAUUCAAAAGCAACCAUGUGAUGAUCUUAAGGAAAUUGUUAACAUGGCACUACGAAUUCAUCCACCAGAGAAACAAAGAUCAUCAAAGAGGGAGCCGACAUGGGUAAAAGUAGUGUGCCCAAGACAACUAGGAAGUGUGGAGUGUGGUUAUUAUGUGAUGAGAUACAUGAAAGAUAUAAUUGUUGAUCCAAGCCUCCUAUCCACAAAGUUUAAAGGAAAAAAAUCGUAUAGUGAAGUUGAGCUUAAUGAAGUACGAUCUGAGUGGGUUAUGUUGGCAACUCAAUUGAUUCUUACCCAUGCUUGAAGAUGCCCUCAUUUCAGUCCAGUCAGAGUUGUAGAUCACAUUUUGACGAUUCUCAGAAGUUCUCAUCUCAUGAUAAGUAAAAGAUUUCAAGUUCAGGAGUGGAUAUGCAACCAACAAAAAUACUUUUGGCUAUAAAUACUUUUGGCUUCUUCUUGUAAUAUUAUUUUUGAUAAGGAAUUUGGAGACCUUGUUUUUUGGUACAUGUGUACUUGUUUUAUAUAUGUUGAAGUUGGAAAAUAUGCUUGUAAAUAUUUUGAUACAUUUACAAAUUUGCGUAUUAAUUAACUAUGUAGACAUUAGUUCUUUAUCA